AUGCCAGGAUAUCUUUUUGAACAAUCAUUAAUCUCCUCUGAAAUACAAAAUUCUUUACCAAUAAAUUAUAAAUUAAGGCCUUUGGCAAAAAAUGAUUUUGAGAAAGAAAUUAUUAAAAUAACCCAAGAAACACCAAUGGUUAAAAGCUUUUUAUUAAAACCUCAAUCAUCAUCAUCUUCUUUGAUAAUAAAUUUUGAUUUUUUACCAGGCCAAUGGGUGGAUGUUUUUAUACCAAACAUACCAAUAACAGAUGGAUUUACAAUAACAUCUACCCCACUAUACUAUAAAAAAACCUCAUUAUUCGAAUUAGCAAUAAAAUAUUCAUCUCAUCCUCCCUCAAAAUGGUUUCAUGAGUCAUCAAAAAUAGGCAAUUUUGUCAAAGUUAGAAUUGGUGGAAUUGGUGGUGUAGAUAAUGAUGAUGGAUUUGUCAAUAGGAUUCAAUUGUUAUAUAGUGCAAGACAGUUUAACAAGCUUUUGUUUUACAAUAGAAUUGAAAAUAUAAGAACUCAAUUGUCACAUAUUUUGGGUUGUAAAUAUUUCUUAACUAGAGAAGAUGAUGUUAUUGACAAGGAGAAGAAAGAAACUAAUGAUGAUUUCAAGUGUUUUAUAUGUGGAUCUAGCCAAAUGGAAGAUGAUAUUAUUAGUUGGUUGAAAGAAACUGGAGUGAUGAUUUUUCUGAAUUUAAUUGGUCCACAAUUGGCAGGUUUACAUGAAUUCUUUGUUGAAGAGCCAGCGUCCAAAUGGUGUCUGGAAGCUUUUAUGAGCAGGCUUAUAGAUGAAGAAACAGACUUGGACUUUGAACAAUCAAAGAGUAACUAUCCAGUUCUUCUUAGUAAAGCAUGGUAUUUCAAAGCUAAUCUUGACAUCUAUCAAAGAUGUGGAAAGGACAAGCCAUUUCAAAUGCAUGUUGCAACAAAGAUAAUUAAAACAAAUACUGAUUCUGGUAUCAUACCAGUGGAUAUCAAAGGGACUUGGAUUGGAGAUGACAGAGAAAUAUGGCAAAUGGAAAUUUCAGGGCCACCCAGUACUCCUACAAUUUGCCAUACUGUCAAUGACAUGAAAAAGUCUAUACAAAUUGAUAUAUUGAAUUUGGUGGGCAUCCUAAGUAACCAUCUUGAUCUUGAUGUGAAAAUUGCAAAAGAAGUUAAAGUGUUCAUUCAGCACACAAGUUAUAG